UUUCCAACUUAACAAAAUGUGUUUGGCCCAGUAAGCAGCUAAAGGCCCAGCUGAGAAGGUUUUUGAUAAUCGUUUAAAAAUGCUACAUUGUAAAACCCUAGUCUCCCCAUAGCCGAUCCCUUGAGGAGAAGAGACACACCACAAGUGUUUCAAUGGGUGCUUACACUUAUGUGUCAGAGUUAUGGAGGAAGAAGCAGUCAGAUGUGAUGAGGUUCUUGCAAAGGGUGAGGUGCUGGGAGUACAGGCAGCUCCCUUCCAUUGUCCGUGUUACUAGGCCUACUCGUCCUGACAAAGCAAGACGCCUCGGCUACAAAGCCAAGCAGGGUUAUGUGGUCUACCGUGUUCGUGUUAAACGUGGUGGAAGGAAGAGGCCCGUUUCCAAGGGUAUCGUGUAUGGCAAACCCACCAACCAGGGUGUCACCCAAUUGAAGUUUCAGCGUAGCAAGCGCUCAGUUGCUGAAGAGCGUGCUGGUAGGAAAUUGGGUGGUCUUAGGGUUCUCAAUUCCUACUGGAUUAAUGAGGAUUCUACGUACAAAUACUAUGAGGUGAUCUUGGUUGACCAAGCCCAUGCUGCCAUACGUAACGAUCCUAGGAUCAACUGGAUCUGCAACCCAGUGCACAAACACAGAGAACUUCACGGUCUCACUUCAGCUGGUAAGAAAUACAGGGGUCUUCGAGGAAGAGGACAUUUACACCACAAAGCGCGUCCUUCAAGAAGGGCAACCUGGAAGAGGAACCAAACUAUGUCUCUCCGCCGCUACCGCUGAUGUGCUUAGCAUUUUCGAGCAACUGUCAUUGCCUUGUUUUGCCUUCAAUGUUGUAGCCCUUUUUGUCUUCUUUGGACAAGUCCUGCUGUUUUACUUUGCAGAACAACUGAGUUUGUGUGCAAGAUUUUUAACUCUAGAUAUUCUGAUACAUGAUUACUAGUAUAUCAAGGAAUUAUUUCAGUG